CAUGAGGGAGGGAGGGGAGUAGUAGGGGGUGGUGGGAGGCCAGGAGGAAAACACCAGACCUCGUUUAGUCCUCGGAGUUUGGAGACUUUCUGCGCCAGGACGCACCGCUCCGCGCCAGGACGCACGAUUGGUAUGGUGGAUAGAUAGCAGCAGCAGCAGCAGCAGCAGGAGGAGGAGCAGGAGGAGAAGGAGAAGGAGAAGGAGGAGGAGAAGAUGUCUUUCUUUGGUCUGGACUGUGUCAGGAAGAAAGAGACGGAGCUGGAGAGGAAGCUCCGAGCCAACGACAGAGAAUACAACCUGUCCUUUAGAUACGCAACGAACGCCAUCAAGACGUGCAAGUACAACUUCUUCACCUUCCUGCCCCUCAACCUGUUUGAGCAAUUCCAGAGGAUCGCAAACGCCUACUUCCUUUUUCUGCUGGCGCUCCAGGUGAUUCCUGAGAUCUCCUCUCUGUCCUGGUUCACCACGGUCGUGCCUCUGGUCCUCGUGCUGUCGGUGACGGCAGCCAAAGAUGCCACCGAUGACAUCAAUCGUCACCGGAGCGACAAUCAAGUCAACACUCGAAAAGCUCAAGUUCUUAUUGAUAGAAAGCUGCGGAGCGAGAAGUGGAUGGACGUGCAGGUGGGCGACAUCAUCAAACUGGAAAACAACCAGUUCGUCACCGCCGACCUCCUGUUGCUCUCCAGCAGUGAACCACUCAACCUGGUUUACAUCGAGACAGCAGAGCUCGACGGAGAAACCAACCUGAAGGUGAGGCAGGCUCUGCCCGUCACAGGAGACCUGGGGGACGACAUCGAGAAACUGGCCGACUUCAAUGGCGAGGUGCGAUGUGAAGCCCCCAACAAUCGUCUGGACCGCUUCACGGGGACGCUGUCCUACGCCGGGCAGAAGUACUCGCUGGACAACGAGAAGAUCCUGCUGCGAGGCUGCACCCUGAGGAACACCGAGUGGUGCUUCGGGCUGGUGCUGUUCGGAGGUCCAGAGACGAAGCUGAUGCAGAACUGUGGGAAGAGCACGUUCAAGAGGACGAGCAUCGAUCGACUGAUGAACGUCCUCGUCCUCUGUAUUUUUGGCUUCCUCGCCUUCAUGUGCACCAUCCUGGCGAUAGGGAACUUUUUCUGGGAGAUGAACGAGGGCUCCAAGUUCACGGUCUUCCUGCCGAGGCAGAACCGCACCGAUGCCGGUUUCUCCGCCUUCCUCACCUUCUGGUCCUACGUCAUCAUCCUCAACACCGUGGUUCCCAUCUCGCUCUACGUCAGUGUGGAGAUCAUUCGCCUCGGGAACAGCUUCUACAUCGACUGGGACAGGAAGAUGUACUACGCUCGCAGCGACACCCCCGCCGAGGCUCGGACCACCACCCUGAACGAGGAGCUGGGUCAAAUCAAGUACAUCUUCAGUGACAAAACGGGGACGCUCACUCAGAAUAUCAUGACUUUCAACAAGUGCUCCAUCAACGGCAAAUCCUACGGAGACGUGGUCGACUACACCGGACAAAGACUAGAAGUUUCUGAGCUUACGGAGACGGUGGACUUCUCCUUCAACCCUCUGGCCGACCCCCGCUUCGUAUUCCACGACCACGCGCUGGUGGAGGCGGUGAAGCUGGAGAACCCGGAGGUUCAUGACUUCUUCAGGCUGCUGAGUCUCUGCCACACCGUCAUGGCUGAGGAGAAGAAGGAAGGCGAGCUGCUCUACUUGGCCCAGUCUCCAGAUGAGGGAGCUCUGGUAACAGCCGCCAGAAACUUUGGAUUCGUCUUCCGCUCACGAACACCGGACAGCGUUACCAUCGUGGAGAUGGGACGGCAGCGCAGCUACGAGCUCCUGACCAUCCUGGAUUUCAACAACGUCCGCAAGAGGAUGUCCGUCAUAGUUCGGAGUCCGGAGGGGAAACUCUCUCUCUACUGUAAAGGUGCCGACACCAUCAUCUACGAGAGGCUGCACCAGUCCUGCAGCAAACUGAUGGACAUCACCACAGAGCAGCUGAACGAGUUCGCAGGGGAGGGUCUGCGGACGCUGGUGCUGGCCUACAAGGAUCUGGACGAGGAGUAUUUCAACGAGUGGAAACAGCGCCAACAUGAGGCCAGUACCUCCAUGGACGACCGGGAGGGCAAACUGGACCAGCUGUACGAGGAGAUCGAGAAGGAUCUGCUGCUGCUCGGAGCAACUGCCAUAGAAGACAAGUUACAGGACGGAGUCCCUCAGACUAUUGAGCAACUCUCCAAAGCCGACAUCAAAAUAUGGGUUUUGACCGGAGACAAGCAAGAAACGGCUGAAAACAUCGGUUUCUCCUGCAACCUACUGCGAGAGGAGAUGAACGAGAUCUUCACCGUCUCAGGGAACUCCCCGGAAGAAGUCCGAGAGGAGCUGAGAAACGCCCGAACCUCCAUGAAACCAGAUGAAGUGGAUUCCGUGUUGCUGCCGGGAAGGAGUCUGGUGAAAGGAGUGAUGAUGGACGAGGAGGUGAACGGAGAACACGGCCUGGUCAUCAACGGCCACAGUCUGGCGUACGCCCUGGAGCGCGGCAUGCAGCUGGAGUUCCUGCGCACGGCGUGCAUGUGUAAAGCAGUGAUCUGCUGCAGGGUGACUCCUCUGCAGAAGGCUCAGGUGGUGGAGUUGGUCAAAAAGUACAAGCAGGUGGUGACACUGGCCAUCGGAGACGGAGCCAACGACGUGAGCAUGAUCAAAGCGGCUCACAUCGGUGUGGGCAUCUCGGGUCAGGAGGGGAUGCAGGCGGUGCUGUCCAGCGACUUCUCCUUCGCCCAGUUCCGCUUCCUGCAGCGCCUCCUGCUGGUGCACGGCCGCUGGUCCUACCUGCGCAUGUGCAAGUUCCUGCGCUACUUCUUCUAUAAGAACUUCACCUUCACCUUCGUCCACUUCUGGUACGCCUUCUUCUGCGGCUUCUCGGCACAGACGGUGUACGAUGAGUGGUUCAUAACACUUUACAACCUGGUGUACACAGCACUACCUGUGCUGGGAAUGAGUCUGUUUGAUCAGGAUGUGAACGACGUGUGGAGUUUCCAGCACCCUCAGCUCUACGUCCCCGGUCAACUCAACCUCUACUUCAGCAAGAAGGCCUUCUUCAAGUGCGCCCUGCACAGCGGCUACAGCUCCCUGGUGCUCUUCUUCAUCCCCUGGGCCGCCAUGCACAACACGGUGAGGGACGAUGGGAAGGACGUCGCCGACUACCAGUCCUUCGCCCUCCUCACCCAGACGUGUCUGCUGUUCGCCGUCAGCAUCCAGCUGGGGCUGGAGAUGUCGUUCUGGACGGCGGUGAACACCUUCUUCGUCCUGGGCAGCCUGUUCAUGUACUUUGGCGUCACCUUCACCAUGUACAGUAACGGCAUGUUUCUCAUGCUGCCACCGGCUUUUCCCUUCAUAGGAACAGCCCGUAACUCUCUGAAUCAGCCCAACGUUUGGCUGACGAUCCUCCUCACCUCCACUCUGUGCGUCCUCCCCGUGAUCACCUUCCGCUUCCUGGUGAUUCAGCUGUGCCCCACCAUCAAUGACAAGGUGAUGUACAAGGUGAGGCAGACCAAAGCGACCCCUCCCCCUCUUCCUCGCCGCACCCGCAUCCGCCGCACCAGCACCCGCCGCUCGGGCUACGCCUUCUCUCACGCGCAGGGCUACGGGGACCUGGUGACAUCCAGACGCUUCCUGCGGCGUCCGGCUGUGUCGGGAUCUUCGGGUUUAGCAAACACGGGUCGCACCACCAUGGGCUUCAGUCCGAUGGGACGGUCGGCCGGAUACAGCCCGACGGGACGUCCCCAGAAUGUCAAGGUCCAGGAUGUGGAGGUGACGUCGCUGCAGAUGUACAAAACUAUCAGAGACCCCGCCCUCUGACGGACAGGGGAGAACAUCUGGGAGCAGGAACUGGACCAUGUGAAUGUCAGAAGUGUUUAAACUCACUUUUCUGCUUUGGUUACCAUGAAGAACUCGCUCAGACUUUUCCAGAGAAGUUCGUGUUGACGGUUUUCCAAAGUCCAUCUCAUCUACACCGACACGGCUUGAGAAGCUUCUGCUCAGAACAUUUAAUUUUGUGUAAAGGAACUGCAGGAACAUGUGUAGCCUCCUCUGAUGGAUCACGCGUGUUCAUGUCAAACACGUCUCCUGCAGGUGAGAGACAGAUGUGAAAUGACACUAGACACAUGUGUACAGAUGUUUACAGACUCCUCAGCCUUUGCUAACCAGGAGAGUCCAGAUCCACAGCCGGGCUUUGGAAACAGGGAAUAACCAGCAGAGCCAUGUGGAAGGGGACACGUUCAUCUUUAUACCUUAAGUGUCCUUUCUUAAGACUCUGGAAGCCGAAUGAGCAGUCAGCACUUUGCCAGAUAAUAACCAAAUGUCCAAAAGGUUAUUAACGUUGUUUUUCUCCGUGGCAGCAGGUUUCAGCUCCAGUGUAUCGGGACCAUCCAGAUUGUGAUGGACAUUUUUUCGGACUUUUAUUCAAACCGUAUGUUUUGUUUCACUUCUUCUCUGAGCUGGAAGAAUUUUAUGAAACGUUAUGAAUGAAUUUGUGAAGACGAAACAUAACUGCAUGGCAGAAGAGUUUGAAUAACUUCAAUUAAAAAAACAUGGGGUUUUUAAAUUAUAAUUAUGUAGCAUCAGUGCCACUGUGUAAUGAUACAUACUUAAGAUUUUAAGCAUUUAUUAAAGUGAUAAAAAAGAAGCCAGUAUUACUGCAACAGACAAGGGAAUUUAGCUUGAAAUCUUCAGCUUGAAGUGGUUAUGAUGGAGCCUAAAAAGAGCUAUAUAAUAAUGGACUAUUAUGCCAGUUAGAAGGAAAAAACUGAAAUCACAAUUUUAUGAAAUUAAAAUAAUAAUUUUAGGCUCAGUUCAAUUCAAAACAACUUUAUUUGUCCCAGGAGGACAAUUCUAAAGUGUCAUUUAACGGGAGAAUAUCACAAAAUCCUCCUCUUCAGGGGAGGAGGAAAUGUUUGGUAGCUGUCGGCCGUGAGGUUGUCGUCAGUUACACCUGCGUGAUAUUCAAAGAGGUUUUAUAAUUCUCAAGAAGCAAUGGGAUUGGUUGAAGAUUUUGGAUCCAGAGGGAGUGAAACUCCAGCGAGCACAGCUUCUUCUUGCUUUUUAUUCAUGUUUUCUUUAUUAUCUUAAUAUUAUAGCUUUUUUAAUCAUAAAAUUAUGACUUUUUUCAUCAAAAUGGUCCUAAUACUCCAUUGUAUGCCAAGUUAAAUUGCUCUUAAUAUAAAUAUUUUUAUAGAGAUUCUCCGUCGCCAAGUGAAAAACAUUUCUGCUCAAUAAUUCAAACCCCUGCAGACAGAUGUUUUUAGAGGGUCUAUUACACCCCCACAGCCUCUAAAUUAGAUUUCUGAUCCAUGUAUUUAUAUUUAAACACUUUAUAGAGCCAGUAUUUAUCCCAUAAACUACCCGUAAAGACUGUAUUUGAUUAAAGUAUCUUCUGCAGUGCAGUUUGUAAAAGAUUCAACUCUCAAGGACCAAUUACUGUCGCUCAGAACCAGCACCAGAGUGUUCCUCCAAUGCACCUUGAGAUUCUGUCUAAGCAGCUUUUAGCCUCUAGGUUGGAUUUUGCCUGCAAAUGUUGGAAACUAGAAAAGAAGAAUUCACAUUUGACCCCAUUAAACAGCAGAGAGGUGAACUGGCUGUGUAGUCACUCAUCUGCAGUGCAGAUUGUAAUGCAAAAUAAAUAAAACACAGAAGCUGCCUUCAAUUUAAAAGUAAAGGGAUUUAUUUUCCUUACAUGGAAACAAUAAUGACAAGAAUGUCAAGAAUGUAUAACAGAAAAUAAGUAAAUGAAAAAUCCUUGUAUGUAACAGUCAAGGUUAAGUGAUGAUUGUAUGUUAGGAAACAUUAUUGUAAGCGGUCAGUGUUUUUAUAUCAGCAGCUGGACAUGUGAGUCUUUAAUUUAUUACGUGAUAUGUUGAGGUUUCUUUAAGAAUCCAAAUGGAAUUGGUUCAAUAAUUGAAGAAUAUUUGAUAUUUGCCCACAUGUUUUUUAUUUCUCUGUGCCUCAUUGUUUCCGUUUAUAUUCAACUUCUGGUUUUUUUUCACUCACAGUUCAGAGGAAAUCAUUGCAACAGCCUGUUUGAGCAGGUUCAGUGUUUUUAUCUGAAUAUCUGUCAGUUCUGAUCCAGAAUUUAAUGUCAUCACCCAAACCCUGGAUAUUCUGUUUAAUGCUUUGUGUGUCACUGUUAACUCUCAACUGUUAAAGAUUCGGAUGCUGGAGUUCAGUGUAUGUGAAGCUGGUUCACACCAACGACAGCUCCUUUCAUUUUGUACUGUAAGGUGUUCUUCAUGGGAAAUAUUUCAGAGUUUGAAUAUGCAUAGGAAAUUCAUGUUGAAGCAUCUUUUGUAAAAACUGUUGCUAGUUUUGGCGACCAGCAGAUAAAUAUGCAAAUAGACAGGGCUCAUGUGUUGGUCAUGAGUGUGGCUUUUGUGUUGAUUAGUAAAAUAUGUCCAAACUAGAAUGUCACCCAGACGAGCUCAUACCUCCGCUAAGCCCCAACAGUCAAUUCAGGUUGCACCAAAUUACACACACUCAUCGAUAUCAGUCCUCUGAACAUGGCUGAUUGUUUUCAUCAUGAUUUAUGAAUUAUUCCCAGAGAAAUCAGUGACAAUGUCCAGAACACCUCUAACCCCGCCUGCCUCUAAAUGUCAUUAAGUUAUUUCUUGGCUCAUCCUGCCACAGAGUCAUGUGGAGCCCGUUCAGGAGUUUUAAACACAAUUUUAAAAACAUAAUGAGCAAGAUGACAAUGAUCUCAUGUGUCAGAGUUGCUGAAAUAAGCCCCCCCCCCCCCCCAAGCAUCACUGCGGUACUUUCCAAAAUAAAUUGUAAUCAUAAAAUAACUAUGAUAUUCAAUGAUAUUCAUCAAUAUAUUACAAUCUUUUUUGUUGUAUUCUUUCUGUCCUGAAGACUGAAACUGUAACAGUUUAAGAAAUGAGAUUUUUGAACUGCUCUUCCUAAUAAUCAUUUUGUAUAAUUUUGUACUUUAAAAGUUGUUAUCGCAAUAAAGAGAACAAAGAUAACAA